AAAUUAUUAUGUCAUGAAUGCAAUAAAUUACCCCCAUAUAAUACAAAAUAUCCAACAACAGAGUUCCGUUGGAUAUUUUGCAGAGAAGAUGAAAAUAUUACAUUGGGAAGUCUUGCAAAAAUCAGACUGGACUAUAAUCUUGAUUUGAUUUUGAACUCAAAAACCACCUCAGUUAAAAUACUGUGUCAUGAAUGGAAUAAAUUAACCCAAUAUAAUACAAAAUAUUUAACAAUGGAGUUAAACGUCUUCUGGACAAAGACUGAAAAUGUUACAAUAGGAUGUCCUGCAAAAAUAAGAUUGGAUGAUAAUCUUCAUAUUUUAGAUUCAAAAACGAAUUCAAUUAAAUGGUUGUGCUCUGAGUCCCAUAAUACAACCGAAAAUAACACUAAAUAUCCAACAACAGUGUACAAAAUCUACUGGCAAGAGGCUGAGAAUAUCGACAGAAAGGAAAUCAGGCAUAAAUACACUUAUUCUGAAUUAUCUUUUAUAAAAAAUUUGACUAACUCCCCAUCACUCUUAAAAGCUUUUGACAAACUGAAAGAAAAAGUACCAAAACAAAUUGAUACAAAUGUCCAAUAUGGAUUCAUUGGAAUCUAUAAUCGCAGUAAUGAAAAAUGUAAUCUAGUGGAUUUUUGUAAUCUUAAAAAAGCAAAUUUGAAUAAUGAAGGAAAUGCACCUAAAAUCCACACAGAAGAAUACAUUUGUAAGAAAGCAGAUAUAUUCUUAAAGUACCAUAAGAUUAGUGCUGAUGAUAUGGUGGUUAUUUUCACUAAGAACAGCCCAUGUAUUGUCAACAAAGGAAAGCAUUCUUGCAUGGACCUCCUUCAUACCUAUUGCAAGAAAUGGUAUGAUGAUUAUGGAAUUCCUUCAGUUAUUGGUUUUGACCAGUACUAUGGUUUUACAGGGUACAAAAAUUAUUUUUCACAUCUACAAAAUGACGAACACUUGUUUCAUUGUUUAUUGUCAGGCACUUCUAAAAAUUGUGAACAUUGUAAGAAUAAUUACAGUAGCAAAAAACUCCAACAAGCACAUGAUCUACCACAAAAUGCCAAUUUAAUUUUAACUAUACCAGAUAGUUCCAAAUUUCUAAAAAGAAUGUUUAAGCCUCUAAAGGAACGUAAAAAGCAUGUGAAUGAUGAAAAAUAUAUAACAUUGCCUACAAUUUAUGAGAUUGUUGAAAAUAUAAAGACUAAAACUGAAGGCCUUACAAACUACAAAGAGUACUUAAACAUUGAAGAUGAUAUUACCAGGACAUAUCCAGGAUGUAUGAAAACAGAAUUUCAUAAAGUAUGGAUGCUCUACAUUGCUCACAUUACAAAAGUGGCAGCAGUAAAACACAUGGAUCAGAAACUAAAGAAGAACAUUUUCUAUGCCUUUCUUAAACACGUUGAGGGAGAGCAGUAUUAUACUCCUUUUUGGUGUCCUCUUAAUUAAUGUUACAGUUCCACAAAAUGUCAAAUGGAGACAGUUAGAAAAACUGAAUAUGAUGACUACAAAAGAUCUCAAUCGCUACAGUAUGAAAUAAAUAAAUAAAUAUUCCAUAUCGAUCAUUAUGAUUUAAGAAAUAAUAAUAUCAUAAUGAUUUAUUUUAUUAUUACAAUUCUUUUAGGAGUUGUAUUGUUAUUGAUAAAUGGUUUUUGUAAAUGACCUUAUUACUUUAUUAUGACCUUAAAAAUGGCUGGCUGUAUUAUUAUUGUGUUUAUAUAUUAUUGUGGUCAUCAUUUGUACUACACUCUUGAUACUGUAUAGAGCUUUCAUAAAGGUUUCAUUUGGAAAUUGUGUUAUUUGUUACAGUGUUACAGACAUAUUCUGAACAGUAAAAAAAUUAACAAAAUUAUACUGUACUGGGUAUCAAAAAGGAAUGCCCUCCUUUCUAUUGUGAAGAAAUAUACUUUUAUUAUCAUUAACAUCAUAUAAAUAUAAAUCCUUUACAAA